AUGGGCGAGGGGGCGGCGGCGGCGGCGGCGUCGGCAAUCAAAUCAGCCUGGACUGGACGUGUGGUGGUGGGGGCCGGGCUGGGCAAAAUGGCGGCUGGAUUCGCGGAGGGAAGCCAUGGAUGGAGAUCGGACACAGUGCAAGUGGCAGUGAUUGGCGGUGGGUUUCAUGAUCUGGAUGAUCAUCCUGACAAGCAGAACAUGUAUAUAGAUGCCGAGUUGCGAUCAGGUGAGCGGGUGAGGCCAACAAGGCAGCAAGUCCACCCGAACAGGCCUAGUGGCCAGGCACCCACAAUCUCCCUCAAUCUUUUGAUAUUCAAAACGACGGGAUAUUGCACUUUCCCUCUGGACUAA